GCAUCCCACCCAUGCCAGGGGCCAGGGCCCAGGAGGAAGCUGCACAGCGCCCUCACAAGGCCUGCUGCGGUGAGGGCCCACGUCUGCUGUCACCAUGACAACCAUUCACCACAAGCAGAUGCUGCAGGAGCAUGUGUCCAUGGAGUUCUCCAGCUCCACCACCCACGUGCAGACCUUCUCGCAGACCACCAAGAUCACGGGAGAGGAAGUCGUGACGAGGAAGUCAUCGAGCACUGUAGAGUUCUUCAGUUUGGUGACUCGGAGUUCCAACAUCCCUGAAGGCGAGAGCGUCCCAGAGUUCGUGGAGAAGCCUCAUCCAGUCACCGCGCCUGAGGGGGAUAAAGCUGUGUUCCGAGCCCAGGUGAAGGGAAACCCCAAACCCAACAUUUCCUGGAAGAGGGAAAGCGGCAUCCCCAUCAAGGAGUCCGCCAAGAUAUUCUACGACAGCAUUAACAAGGAGCACGUGCUGAAGCUGGAGCCACUGACCACAGAUGACUCUGACAACUACAAGUGCAUUGCAAGCAAUGAGCAUGCAGAUGCCAUCUACACCGUGUCCUUGCUGGUGACAGAGGGUCAAGAUAAAAUGGAUUUCAAAAAGAUGUUGAAGAAGAGGGCUCCCCCUGCUCCCAAGAAAAAGCAGAAGGUGACAGAUGAGAAGGAGAUGCUGGAGAUUUUGUCCAAGGUGCCCAAGAAGGACUUCGAGAAGGUCUGCAUGGAGUACGGGUUCACUGACUUCCGGGGGCUGCUCAAGAAGCUCAAAGGGAUGAAAAAAGUAGAGGUGGAGGCCGUCCGGAUUCUGAAGCCGCUGGAAGACAUAGAGACCAAGAUUGACACCACAGUGACCUUUGACUGCAUCAUGGAGCUGAAGGAUCCCAAUACCAAGAUGACUUGGGUCAAGGAUACUGAACCAUUGAGGAUCCAGUACUCCCUGGGCAAGUAUGAUGUGAAGCAGGUGGGCACCAAGUACAUGCUGGUUAUUACCAAUGUGAACAUGAACGAUGCAGGCAUCUACACGCUGAACGUGGGCGACAAGCGGAUGACUGCACAGCUCAAAGUGUUGGAUGAGCCACUGAAGUUCUUGGGAGAGAUGAAGCCGGUGACGGUGACAGAGCGCCAGACCGCAGUAUUUGAGAUCCGCCUCUCCAAGAAAGUACCUAAUUUUGUGUGGAAGUUCAAUGGGAAGGAGCUGAAGAGGGAUGAGAAGUAUGAAAUCACAGUGUCCGAGGAUGGUCUGACCCACACACUUAAGGUUAAGGAUGCCAGACUCAGUGACAGCGGCGAAUUCUCUGUGGAGGCGGGGGACCUGGUACAGAAGGCCCAGCUCACUAUUGACCGCAUCCCCAUCAAGUUUGUGAGCACCCUCAAGAAUGUGCGUGUGAAAGAGAGGAGCCGGGCCUGCCUUGAGUGUGAGCUGACAUCCAAGGAUGUGACCCUGCGCUGGAAGAAGGAUGGGCAGCUGCUGUCGCGUGGCACCAAGUACAGCAUGAACCACGAGGGCAAGCGGGCAGAGCUGAUCAUUGAGGACGCACAGCUCAGCGACGGUGGCGAGUACACUGUGGUGGCCAUGCAGGAUGGGGACCCCACUGAGUACUACAGUACUGCCGUGGUCACCGUGGAGGAGCGUCUGGCCACAGUGAAGAGCGGGUUGUCCGACGUGCACGCGGCCACCGGCAGCCCGGCUGAGCUGUGCGUAGUACUGAACGACGAGAAGGUGGAGGGUGUGUGGCUGAAGGAUGGCAAGGAGAUCACAGACUUGCCAGGCGUGCAGAUCGUGAAGCAGGGUGCGGUGCAUAAGCUCAUCUUCCCCAGUAUGGGCCCCGAGCACGAGGGCAAGUACACAUUCCGGGCCAAGGGGGCAGAGAGCGAAGCCUCGGUAUUCAUUGCAGACCCUCCUACCAUUGACCCCUCGGUACUGGAGGCCCUGGCUGCACAUCCCGUGACUGUGAAGGUGGGUCACACUGCACACAUCAAGGUGCCCUUCCGGGCAAAGCCACUCCCCAAAGUGACUUGGUACAAGGAUGGUAUGGAGGUGACAGAGGAGGAACGUGUGUCCAUGGAGCGCAAGGACGACCAGGCGAUGCUCACCAUUUCCAACUGCGUGCGGGAGGACAGCGGCCUUAUCCUGCUCAAGCUCAAGAAUGACCACGGCUCAGUCACAGCCACCGUGCACCUCAAUGUGCUGGACCGCCCCAAGCCUCCCCAGGGCCGAGUGGAGUUCCUGGAGCUGUCCAGUGACUGCGUGCACUUGAAGUGGAAGGCGCCAAAGGACAAUGGUGGGCGGCCGGUGACACAGUUCAUCGUGGAGCGGAGAGCGGUCGGCAAGAAGUCCUGGAUCAAAGUGGGCGAAGUGGACAGCAAAGUCACCAAUUUCUCCACCAACAAAGUGGAAGAGGGAAAAGCCUACCAGUUUCGUAUCCUAGCCGUCAAUUCGGAAGGAGUGAGCGACCCCCUGGAGACAGAUGAAGUGUUUGCAGGAAAUCCCAUCGAGCCCCCUGGCCUUGCCUCCCAGCCUCAAGUGACUGAUGUGACCAAGGAGGCCGUGACCAUCACCUGGAAUGCCCCCACCCAGGACGGGGGAGCCCCAGUGCUGGGCUACAUUGUGGAACGGAGGAAGAAAGGCAGCAACCUGUGGGUGCCAUUCAACAAGGACCCCAUCCAGGGCACCAAGUGCACAGUGGAUGACCUCCUGGAGGAUACGGAAUAUGAAUUCCGAGUUAUAGCUGUGAACAAGGCAGGCCCCGGACAUCCCAGCAUGCCGUCCAACUCAGUGGUGGCCAAAGACCCUGUCAAACCCCCAGGCCUGGUGCAGGGCCUGUGUGUGUCGGACUCCUCCAACUCCAGCAUCUCCCUGGCCUGGCGGGAGCCUGCAGAGGGCGACCCUCCCUCCGGCUACAUCCUGGAGAUGCGGGCUGAAGACACCAAGGAGUGGUCCAAGUGCACAAAGAUCCCCAUCUCAGGCACCUGCUACACGGUGGGAGGCCUCACCGAGAGGCAGAAAUACUUCUUCCGCAUCCGGGCUGUGAAUGAGGCUGGGGUUGGGGAGCCCGUGGAGCUGGACGAGGGGGUCCGAGCCAUGCCACCACCAGCUGUGCCCAAGUUUGACCUCAGUGCCCGGCUGAAGAGUCACAUGGUGGUUCGCGCGGGGACAGCUCUCUGCAUCCAUGCUGCCUUCUCUGGCUCACCACCCCCCAACGUGAUCUGGCAGAAAGAUGGCGUCCCCACCAAGGGCAGGGAAACCAUCACCAAGGGCAAAAACCACUCGCAGUUCCUCAUCAACAGCACCAAGCGCUCCGACUCGGGGGUGUACCGCAUCUUGCUCCAGAAUGAGUUCGGAGAGGCACACUAUGACAUCCAUGUACGAGUGGCAGAUUUUCCACGGCCUCCCACAAACCUGAAGCUGUUUGAGGAGGUCCCCAACACGGUGACUCUGACCUGGAACCACAGUCCCGACGUGCAGGAGGACGGGGAGGCCCACUACGUCAUCCUGAAGCGGGACGCCAGCACUGCCACCUGGUUCACCGCGGCAGAGCGCGUCUUCAGCAACAAGUACACGGUGACCGGGCUGCUUCCUGGCAGGAAGUACUACUUCCGAGUGUUGGCCCGGAACGAAAUCGGUGACAGCGACCCGCUGGACUCCAAGGAUACUUGGCAUGUCAACAAGGACAAGAUCGAGGACCUGAGCUCCAAGCUGAAGCCGUACCAGCUGAAGGACUGGCGCCACGCGCCACGCUUCCUGACUCCGCUGAAGCCACACACGGUGCUGCGCGGCCAAGACUGCACCAUGACCUGUGCCUUCCUUGGGAAUCCGAGGCCCACGGUGACCCUCUACAAGGGUGACGUUAACAUCACGUCCAACUCCAAGUUCUGGUACAACUCCACCAGUGGCGUCUGCACAAUUGUCAUCCCAACCUGCACACUCAAGGACAGCGGCGAGUACAGCGUGUUGGUGGAGAAUGAGCUGGGCAAGGACCGCAGCAGCUGCACGCUCACCGUCUACGACAAAGAUGACAAGUCAAUUUUAGCAUCAGUCACCGAGAGUCUACAGAAGAAAUCAAAGUACCCUAGGUGAGCACCAGCCCAGUCUGGGCACCAGGAUGUUGUGAUGUGGGGCCUCUUGGCCUGUCCUCUGCAUGGCCCCAGUCAGGGAAGCCCAGUUUGCUCUCCGGUGCUUGUCAAUGUAAACAUUCAGCAAAAGGAUGGGACAA